GACUCAGCUGUGUGGACAUGCGCAGUGGUCUAUAUCUCAUGUUAAGCGUAGUCGUCGCUUGCUGGAAGGGAGUUCUGUCAACAUCUGAUUGUUCUCCCAACAACCAUGAGGACUGGUGUUGAUUUGGAUAGCCAUUUCGAAAAUCUUGAUAUGACAUUAAGUUGCUGUCGCAAACGACCUCGGAAUCUUGAGGAUGAAUUUGAUGAAAGUAUUCCGAUAUCUAAAAGAAUAAAUAGCCUCUAUAUUGAGGGAAGACCUGAUUGCUCUCAUGAGUCAACACCAAGCCCUGACCCUCCUGUAGCUGAGAACAAUCACCCAGAUCAAAAUUAUAAGCUUUGGCAGCAGCAACAAUUCCAUCAUCUACCUCCACAAGUAGACUGUUUAAACAACACUCAAUCAAAACUCUAUUCAGAAGCCUCUGGAUCCUCUGCUAAUAUGUCUGCAGCAAUAGCCAACCACCCUCACCCUUAUAACCCACAACAGCAAACUCCUAACUCCUUUUUGGACACAAGGCAUACUGCUGAUCAUACAGUCAUAAAAAAAUAUGAGCCUGAACUUGAUGAAUCAUCUAAUCCAUUUUAUUAUCGUAUAAAUGAAGUUUUAUUUAAGGCCCAUGCUGCUCGAAUUGGGCGCUUAACAAAAACAUCACCUUCAGACAGUAGCCAUUUUUCUUUUAGCAGAUAAUUUUUUUUAACAUAUUAAAAAAAUUAUUUUUUCUAAUUAAGCAUUUCUGCUCUCUGUAAAUAGAUAUUUUCUCCCAUGUUUAUUUAAUGUAUACUUCCUUCAUAAGGUAUGCUUUUAAUAGAUUUCAACUGGUGAGUUCCUUUCAUAUAUAGUCAAUGUUACCAUUUACUUGGCUGAAUAAUUAUUUAGAACUAUUUACAUAUAUCUAAUUAAUAUAUGGAUGAUCUUCAUUAACCUCAUUAGUGUAUCAACUAACUUUCUUAACUAUUUGGAUUUUGUUCUUUUUCAUCAUCACUUGACAACGUUUUAAAUAUAUUAAAAUGGUAAUGAUGGGAAACUAGGUAAAUGUAUUUUAUUUAAAAUUAAAAGAAAUCUGUUAGAUGUCUAAACUCAUCAGGAUUUUAUCAUGAAUAAAAACAACUUGUUGAAUUUUCCUUGUUUGGUCAUGACAACUCAGAUACAAAAACUUCAGAAAAUUAUUUUUAUUGAAGUUUGUAAUAAAAAAAAAAUUGUGUGUGUGAAUGUGUAUAUAUCUUU